CCUUUCUCAACCAAUCUGCCGCGGAAUCCGUUUAACCCCGGAAUCCGCAAUGGAAGAUGUAUAGAAUAAUAUCCACGCCGGCAUCCAAGUUCCGCCAAUUCCGGCGACUCGGUUCUAAACCAACCAUCACCUCCUCCACUGAAGAAGAAGAACAAGCUUCACAUAUUCUACUAUGGCGGUACCAGAUCCUGGACCCGGACAGCGAGUUGGUUGCAUAUUGGAACAAAGUCUUCCUUGUUACGAGUCUCCUCGCAUUGUUCAUAGAUCCUCUUUAUUUCUUCCUACCGACGGUUGGCGGACCCGCUUGCUUGUCGGUGGAUCCUAAACUAAGCAUCGUCAUAACCUUUCUUAGAACGUUUGCGGAUUUGUUUUAUGUUCUUCAUAUGGUUAUGAAGUUUCGGACGGCUUUUGUUGCUCCUAAUUCGAGGAUUAUUGGUCGCGGUGACCUUGUUAUGGAUCCUUAUCAGAUUGCUAUGCGGUAUUUGAAGUCUGAUUUUGUUAUUGAUCUUGCUGCUACCAUUCCAUUGCCCCAGAUUGUUGUUUGGUUAGUAAUUCCAGCGAGUAGAGGCACAAAAAGUGAUCAUGCCAACAACAAUCUUGCACUUUUUGUUCUUAUUCAGUAUGUUCCUAGGCUCUUUCUCAUCUUUCCUUUGAAUGCUCGUAUUCAAAAAACAACUGGUGUUAUAGCAAAGACUCCCUGGAUUGGUGCUGCAUACAAUCUUGUUCUCUACAUGCUAGCUAGCCAUGUUACAGGAGCAACUUGGUACCUAUCAUCAAUAGGAAGACAAUUCAAUUGCUGGAAAACGCAAUGCGAACAGGAAAAUAAAUCGCAUACCCUCUCUUGCUUGCCUAGUUUUCUUGACUGUAAUAGUAUGGAUAGCCCUGAUAGACAAUACUGGAUAAACCUCACAAAUAUUACUAGCAAGUGUGAUGCAAAGAGCAAGGUCAACAUCAAAUACAAGUUUGGGAUGUUUGCAGAUGCUUUUCUCAAUGAUGUUGUCACUACUAGUUUUAAGGAAAGAUAUUUCUAUUGUCUUUGGUGGGGUUUAAGAAAUUUAAGUUCUUAUGGACAAAAUUUGGACACCACCACAUACCUUUGGGAGACACUUUUUUGCAUCGUCUUAUGCAUUGCUGGAUUAGUUCUCUUUUCACUUUUGAUUGGAAACAUGCAGACAUACUUGCAAUCGAUGACGGUUAGACUAGAUGAAUGGAGGAUUCGGAAAAGAGAUACAGAAGAGUGGAUGAGGCAUCGACAGUUACCUCCAGAUUUGCAGGAGCGUGUCCGUCGCUUUGUUCAAUAUAAAUGGCUAGCAACAAGAGGAGUAGAUGAGGAGGGCAUAAUGCUUUCCUUACCUUUGGAUCUUCGCCGUGAAAUUCAGCAUCACUUGUGUCUCUCUCUAGUGCGACGUGUGCCUUUCUUCUCACAAAUGGAUGAUCAACUACUUGAUGCAAUAUGUGAACGCCUUGUAUCAUCACUAAGCACACAAGGCACAUAUAUAUUUCAAGAGGACGAUCCGGUAGAUGAAAUGUUGUUUAUCAUUAGAGGAACAUUGGAGAGUUCUACAACAAAUGGAGGAAGGUAUGGAUUCUUCAAUUCAAUCACACUAAGGCCAGGAGACUUUUGUGGAGAAGAAUUGUUAACAUGGGCAUUAUUACCAAACUCAACUCUCAAUUUACCUUCCUCUACUCGUACCGUAAAAGCUCUUACUGAAGUAGAAGCUUUUGCGCUACAAGCGGAGGAUCUAAAAUUUGUGGCGAGUCAGUUCAAGCGUCUUCACAGCAAGAAACUUCAGCAUGCUUUUAGAUAUUAUUCACAUCAAUGGAGAACAUGGAGUUCUUGUUUCAUACAAGCAGCAUGGAGAAAGCAUCAGAAAAGAAAGGCAACAAGAGAGUUGUCAAUUAAAGAAGGACUUUAUUACAUGGUUGAUCCUGAGAUUGAAGAAACAUCAAGGAGUGGUAAAAGUUUUAAUAAUUUUGGUGCUACUGUUUUGGCUUCAAGAUUUGCUGCAAAUACAAAGAAAGGGAAUGAUAAGAUUCAAGAAAGUGACCCUGUGCCACAGUUGUUUAAACCUCAUGAACCUAAUUUCUCUGAUGAUCAUGUUUAGUGAGUAAAUAACAAGGUGAAAUUCAAAUGAGUUUAACACUAAUUCAAUAGGAUUUGUUUUGAGUUGGAUGUAAA